AGCAGUUUCAGGAAGGGCAGAGAGAGCAGAGUGAGCGGAAGAGAGGAAGAUUUCAGUCUGGGAAUUUUAACAAUCGAGGACACAGUGUCAAUGAUAACAAGAGAAGCAAAUGGUAUUAGUGUGACUGUAAAUAAUGUUGUGCAAGAUAUUCUUGACAGUUCUGUGUCUUUUGUUCACAAAGACGUGGGUGAAACAAUCCAUGUAGCUGCUGCAUCUGAGUAUUCCUGGGUUGAAGUACAUUAUGGUCAAAAUAAUAGCUGGAAGAGCAGUGGAGGAGGGAUAGAACAUAUUCCAUCUUCCUCUUCAAUCCAUCAAGAAGAUAUGGAAAAAAUCCUUCUGGAUGCGCAGCUGGAGUCAGAAAAGAACAGUUCAAAGGGCAGUUCACAUAGUGGCAGUUCUUUGGUAAAUAGUCCUCAGCCAACGCACCAUGUAUUUGAUUUGGACGGAAGCACUGGAGAGAGAACUAGCAUACAAUCUGAGGAAGACUGGGAUGAAAAUACUCAGGAUGUAGAAGUGUUAGCACAGAGACCAGCUGAUUGGAUAUGGGAUUGGUCUAGUCGACCAGAAAAUCUUCCUCCAAAGGAGUUUUUCUUCAGACAUCCCAGUUCAACACUGUCGAGUACACUCAGUAUUCGAAAAACAAGUGUGAUGAAAAAGGGGGGCCUUUUCUCCUCUGAAAUUCUCCUGCUCUUCAUUCCUUCUCUAGUGUUGACUCAUCUGCUGACAUUAGGAAUCGGAAUCUACAUUGGGAAGAAACUGUCUGCUUCACCUGCAAAUGCCCUGUAAGGAAAAAAAGGCUCAUGGCUGAAGACUAGAUUUAGAUCCAAGAAUUUCAUAUAUCACUCCAUGAAUUAUGGAUGCUUGCUGCAGAUAAAUUUUUUUGUGGACAUAACUGAUAUGGAUACAAAGACUUAGGUUUCAGGAUGUCUUUUCGUCACAUCUGUCUGCCUCCUCAUCUUCGUCAGGUGUCAGUGGCUUACAGACAUUUCUUUUUCUUUUCUUUUUUCUCUGAAUGUAAAGUUGCAGAUGGGACUAUAUGAUACAUGGAUGCAUUCAUGUGCUAAAUUUAAAUUCCACUCAAAUCAAACAAAAGUGUAGUAAUUAAAUGUGAUUUGCAAAUAGUACUUGUGAUGUAAUAUGUGUUAUUGAUUAGGAUGUUUGAUUUCAUGUUACUGAAAAAAGAAACAUAGUCAAGUCUACACAGAGUUUAUUUUGAAUUAAAGCAGAUGCUCAGAUAUGUAUUUCAUUGCUGAUAAAGUUCCUCAGCCCGAGGUGUUUGUGUACAUGCUACAUUGCUAAGGUUCCUACUUUGGAUAAUGACCUGAGGUCCAGCUUACCUGACUUGGUUGUAGUUCAGGACAGGUGGAUGUUAAAGAUCCCAUAGCACUUAUCAGUGAAGAGCAGGGGAAGGCUUCCUUACCAUUCUAGCAUUAACAAUACCACUCUGGGUAUCCCAGCAAAAGGGAUGUAUUCCUAAUAUUUGGUUGGCAAAAUCCAAUAAACAAAACCCCAGAAACUUUAAUAACUAUUAACAGUUCUCUUGCUUGGAUUUGACAAGUAAUGUCCAUUGUGCCCAAAGUGCAUUUAUUGAAAUUAGAAGUUGUAUUUCAUGUGCUUAUAUAACUGGUAUCUCACAGGAUGUCACUAAAAAUACACUGAAUACAGCAGUUCAUGUAGUAGCAUUUUAGAAAUGAUUAUUAAAGACAGCCUGCUCUCCAUUACUAGCUGGAAUAUUAAAUGAAGACUGCUGCACAGUGUCAACAUUCUUAAACACAAAAAGUGACCUAACUUGCUGAAAUAAAGGUAAAACAGCGACUGACCCAUCUA